UGGGAACCAAGGCUGUGAGAUUAGUCCUCUCCCGCUCCAUCCCCCUUGCCCUGCGCCUGAGAAAGGGAGCAUCCCCAUGGCAACAGCGGCAGCUGGUCCCUUGAUAAGAGGAGCUGGGCAGCAGCAGCCACUGCAGGAGGAGCCACAGCUAGAGGUGGCCCAGCGUUGGGAGGAAGCACGCCUUCCCCAGCUCUGCACUUCGCAUCCCUGUGCCUGACAGAGACACACACACCUGCCCUCCUUUGAUGAUGUCCACUGAGCAAAUGCAGCCACUGGACCUCUCGGAGGACAGACUGGACAAGCUUGACCCUCGUUGCAGCCACCUGGAUGGCCUUUCUGACCAGUUCAUUAAGGACUGCGAGCUCAAAAAGAAGCCAAGAAAGGGGAGAAGCGCACAGGCUGCCCUGGACGUCGAGGUGGACCAGAGAAAGCCACGGAGGAAAGACACACCCGUGCCGCACAUCCCGCCUUUCACAGCCGGCGUGCUUUCAGAACAUUUAAUUACAAGUUAUGAGGUUCAAGAGAGACACCCAGAGAGCGAAACGAGCCCAGCUCUUCAGAACACUGACCUGGAGCAGAAGAAGCCAAGGAGAAAAGACACACCUGCCCUGCACAUGUCCCCCUUUGCAGAUGUGACUUUGCUGAGGGAGGAGAGACCCAACGUGAUCCUGGAAGACGAGGAAAAGGAUGGCGACAAGAUGGCUAUUUAAAGCUAUCCCCCUGGAGACCACUUGUAAAUAGGUUAGGAUGGUUCCCUACGCGACCUAGAAAAAAUAGACUUGUUGCUGCUCUCAUUUUGUCACAGUCCUCCUUUUCGAUCAGACACCUUUCCCCAGAGGACACACCAUGUCAGCUUGUCGGCCGCCAACCUGCCCCUUUCUCCCCUGAUCUGGUUCCUAUUCGCACCCUGUGAGUUUCCACGAUCAGAUGCAGUGAAGGGAGCAGACUGUCAUCCUAAAUUGGGAGGUAACAGGGAAAGCUCCGGUGUUUUGCUUCUGCAUCUUCAGGGUCAAUUCCUGGAGCAAAGGACACGGAGAACAUGGGGUCCUUUGUGUCUUGGCUGACGCUGCUGGGCGGGACUUGACGGACACCAUCCAAACACCAGUUCCGGUGGGGGCUCCCAGCUGCCCGUGAGGGAGGUGAGAGAGUGUGUGUGUUAGAAACGCUCUGGUUGCUUUGGAAACGUGGUCUUUUAUCGCUCUCACCUCUUCUCAGAAGUCCAAGUGUCCCUGAUGACAUUCCUGAGACCCCUGUAACUGAUGCCCUCAAGGCGACUGGGUGAGCCAGAGGAGUCUACCCAGCCCAUCACAUGAUGGCUGGAAACACCAGAGGAAGAGCAUUCUGGUCUCUCUGGGAAGCUCGGCAGUCUGUCCUAUUUGUUUUUGUUUUUUAGAACAUCCCUUAACCAUGUUGGCCUAAAAUUUGUGAAUUGUGUCACAAAUGAAUCCUCACUAACGAAUAGCAGGUAAAAUACCAACGCUUGUGAUGACUUUACUUUGAAAAAACUAAUUGGAAGGCCAUGUGUCUGUUUAGCAUCUUCACUUAUUUAGACCCCAGCAUGCUGCCCUGGAGAGGAGGGGAGGGUGUGGCCUUAGCUGGUGACAGGAGUCUCCCUACAGCCCCCAGCCUGCAGCCUGUGGGUGCCGUGGGAAGGCUUUACACAAAGGAGGGCCUCACCCACCAGGGGAGGGGCGUGGGAAAGGCCAGAUCCUGCCUCCAAGUGAGCGUUUGGAAGUUUGUAUCUACCCCGGCUCCCACGGUUUGGGAAUCCUCUGUCUUUGUCCCUCUCACAAACGUGGAGAAGAUGCAGCCCCUGCUGAUAAUAAAGAUGCUUCUCACCC